AUGCAUUUCACCCCUCCCCUUCUUCUCCUGUUGGCAGGCGCCGGCUCCAUUGCCCACCCGAUCAGUGCGAAUAGCGCCUAUGCAGCCAUGAACGGCAGCAUUAUUACUCGGCCAAAAGAUGUCCGUAUGAUUAAUACAGGCGUGUUUCCCGGUAUCAACGAUGAUAUGUCUGGGGUCUGGCCAAAGUUGGCUAGAUAUGAGAUCAAAGCAAAUCAAUAA